GAAAACGACUAUCAGUCCAGACAAACUGUAGCACAGGAUAUUAAGAGUUGAGUGUCAAGACUCUCUGCAAGACCGGUGGAAUCUUUUUCCAGGAAACAGAAUUAAGACUUAAGAAUCUCCCUCUAGCGUAGAGGCAGUCCUAUAGUCCCCUUUGUGUCAAUCAUAGGAAUAUAUAAUUAUUGUAGUUUCAAUUCCUUGUCUGUCGUGACAAAAUGAAAGGUCAAACUAAUAUCAUUUAUCGACCGGAGGUUUUCAACAGCAAUUGAACAAACUGUGAAUGCUGUCUUCUUCUUUUUUUACACAAGUGUCGAUUUUCUUCAAAUUAAUGCAAAAGCUAGUGACAGUGUUUCUUUGGAAACCAAAGUGACUUUGAAACCGUCAGAGAAAAUGGAAAUGAGACUGGAAUCGGUUACUGGACAAACGAGAGUCGUUCGACGAAGAGCCUUCACUAAAUGGGUUAACUUUCAUCUGAGCCAACGCUCUCUGAGUAUAGACGAUCUUAUAGACUUAUCGGACUGUUUUGUGACCAUAAAACUAUUGGAAAUCCUCAGUCAGAGGAAGGUACCUAUACGAUAUUCAGGACAACAACCUAUUAGAAUAAAACAAAGAGAUUGUUGGACUAAAAUAUUCGAGUUCUUGAGGAGCCAAGACUUUCCGUCUGUUAUCGACGAAGAGGAUUUAGAUAGCCUUUCUCGAGGCUCUGUUGAUAUUCUUCUAGCGUUUGUUUGGUUUCUUAUUGAAGUCUACCUCAUCGAACCUUGCAGAACAACAAUGUUGGGCAAGACUCAGAGCUCAGCACGGAAGUUCAUUCUAUCUUGGGUACAGCAAAAGUUGCCCGGCAGAAAUAUCAAUAACUUUGAUGAAGACUGGAAAGACGGAGUUGCCAUUUGUGAGCUUGUGAAUGCGCUUCAGCCUGAUGCUAUACCUUCUAAUCUGUACUCUGAUAAAACAAACUGCGAAGGAAAUGUCAAGCUUGGGAUUCAGGUCGCUCAUGAUAAAUUUGGCAUACCUCAGAUCAUCUCCCCUUUUGACAUUGCAACUUCACACAUCGAUGAACUAAGUAUUCUAACCUACAUUGCUUUGUUUUGUAAAUACGAGAGCUUGAUCAAAGGAGACACCAACAACAACAAGGCCACCUCAAGCUCCCAUAGAGAGAAUUCUGUCUGCAAGGCGUACGGCUCCGGACUGAAGAGCGGAGAGAUAGGCAAGGUAGCGGAGUUUAUCGUAGAACUACAAGGUGCUAAAGCCUCAGACAUAACCAUAGCAAUUGAGUGCAAGCCCACUUAUGGCGGGUACGACGAGAAGCCGGAACUAAGCGUCAAAUCUGUCGGUAGGAGUACUUAUGUUGUCAAGUAUAUUCCCACAAAACCAGGAGAGUACAUCAUCAGUGUUUUACACUGUGGGGCGCACAUCCUGAGAAGUCCUUUUCACUUGUCCGUGACUGGACCUGCUGGGCAAAAUGGUAUAAUCGAUGAAAUGAACGGCUCAGUAACAAAGAAUAGCAAGACAGGAUCACUUGAAUCAAUACCAGGGAUACGAGAAACACUGAGAGAUACUGCUUUACCGGUAUUCAAGUCCAUGAAAGAGGCACCCAAUCAUGACAAGACAGAUUCUGGUUCAUCCAAUCAUGCUAACGGCGCGCAAUCCUUAAAUUCCUCGACUCCGGUCGUACAGGUUCGUGAUUUAUCACUUGAAAUUCCUAUGAAUACUGCCGAGGGUCCUGGUCUCGUAGCUGGUGAAGUAGGACGCGUGGGAAAAUUCACCGUUAUCACAGACAACAAUACCAAAGGCCCUCUAAGUGUUUGUAUCAGCUGUCCCGCAGUCUCGAUACCCGUCCCGUACGUCAAAAGCGAGAAAAAGAGCACCCAUACCGAGCACCGGGUACUUUACAUCCCGACAGAACCAGGAACCUACGAGAUCUUUAUCAAAUGGGGCGAAAAUGGAAUUCGAGGAAGCCCUUUUAAGGUUUUUAUCAACGAUGUGAAUCUGGACGAACUCAGUGCAGCUGGUGAUGCUGAUCCAGAAGAUCUUGGUGGUAGAGGAAAAAUCAGGGUUUACUAUGCUGCUACGUCUAUGAAACCAAGGGCUCAAAGAGACAAGCAGCUCCUAGAGACGUUUCUACGAGGAAAACACAUUUCGAAUCGGCCUGAUUUUGAUUCUUGGAUUGCACUAGAUGUCGGAAUGAGUCGAGCACAGAGGGAAAAGGUGUUCAAAAAGGCAGGACAUAGGUCAACUCCAAUGCUGUUCGUCAAUGAUCGGUACAUUGGUACCUAUGAAGAUGUGGUAAUAAUGGACAAAGAAGGUUUGUUUGACUCAUGUCUUGAAUACUGAGACAACAAAAGGUGAUAUCAUACAGCCACAGAAUAGAAAAGCGUUCGUUAGUAUUUAACUGCCGUACUACUACAGAAAGUAUUUUAAAGAAGCCUUUAAGCCCGACCAGCUACACUGGAGAAUUUUACAUCGAGGUCUGUUAUCUAAGUAUGGGGCAGACAUUACUUAGUGCUACAGCGGUAGAAAUUGGCCUGUAACCCAUGUAUGUAGUCCAUGCGGUAUGUAACCCAUGCGGUAUGUAACCCAUGCAG